CCACCUCAGAAGUCACUCAGUUGUGUUCCGCGGUCCGUGUGAUACAGUGCGAGUGUAAAGACUUGUAUAUAUAUACAACUUUCAUACUGGUAGCCAAAAUUCCGUCAAGAUUCGGGUCAAAAACAGAGAACCCAUUUCCGUGUACCAGAUGGAGCACCCGGAGAUGGAAGAGGACAGUCGCAUGUUCGGGCGGAGUGAGGGUGUGGCGAGCAUGGAUCAGGAGGCUGGAGGAGGAGGAGGGAUGAUGGGGAUGAUGCUGGUGGACGAGGGUGACCGAGAUAGUCCCCUGAAGCCGGACAUGAGCAUGACGGAAGGGGAAGACAUCCUGGCCAAGCUGAGAGAGCAAGUCUCAGCCACCACCACUACACUGCUCACACACAAGAGGGAUGACGACUCUCUCCCUCCUAUAUCCCUCCCUCCCAUCUCCCACUCACCCACUCACAACUAUAACAACCACAACAAUAACAACAGUGUUCAUAGUCUCUACGACCGUCUCCACUCCCUCCUUCAAGCUAAAAAGACAGAGGAGGACGGGGAGGGUGACGAGGACUCGCGGGACCUGGUGCUACGGGCGGAGGCGCUACAAAGACAACGGGAGACGCUAUUAUCAUCACCUCAGGCGCUGAUGAAUGCCAUGAGGGGCGGUGGACCGCCCUCGCUGGUGCCGCCCGGGCCUCACCUGCCCUUCAUCCCCAGCACCGUGGGUCUGCCGCCCACCUCACAGAUGCCGCCCACCCCGGGCUCGGCUGGUUCCCGUGACUCCUCCGGUAACGGCGCCCGCACGCCCUCACACACGCCCGAGCCGCACCAGAGUCAGCAGUCCUGGAGCUUCGAGGAGCAGUUCAAACAGGUACGGGAACCAGCGAAGCACUCGUCAUUUGAAGAAGACAAACGCAAGUUAUACGAGUUGGACGACAACAUAAAGAGGAAAGAAUUUCUCGACGAACUCUUCUUUUUCAUGCAGAAGAGAGGUACGCCCAUCAACCGGUUGCCCAUCAUGGCCAAGCAGGUCCUGGACCUCUACGAACUCUACAACCUUGUGGUGGCUCGUGGUGGUCUGGUCGAUGUUAUUAACAAGAAACUCUGGCAAGAGAUUAUCAAGGGUCUGAAACUACCUUCUUCUAUCACCAGUGCCGCCUUCACUCUCAGAACACAGUACACCAAAUACCUGUACCCUUACGAGUGUGAGAAAACGAAGUUCUCCAACCCGGCGGAGCUGCAGUGUGCCAUCGACAACAACAGGAGGGAAGGGCGCCGCUCCGCCUACGGUAGCUACUGUGACUCUCUACAGCCCCCACUUCUUAAUCUCCAGUCACUGCACAACCUCCACAGCCCGCUCUCGCUCGCAGUACGACCUCACUUCAACGGCAACGGCACUACCUAUCCCCUACCCCAGCCUGACUGUUUAAUGGGUCGUGGUGGGUCUCCGCCAGGGUCGCAGGAGGCGCUGCUAGAGGCCACGAGACUCACCAUGUGGAAGCUCUACAACCAGGGUCUUGGAGGAGGUGGGGGCUUCCCCCACGAGGACGAGGGUCCCAAGCUGCCGCCUCCCUACCAUCCACUCGCCGGGGUCCCCUUCCCUCCACAGAAAGAGGCAUUAAACCUCGACCUUAAGGAAGACCUCUUUUUCUUACAGCGGCCUGGACGUCUCAAGGAAAAUUCAGAUCUUCGCAAUGACCUGCACAGCGACCUGCGCAACGACCUGCGCAACGACCUACGUAACGAUCUACGUAACGAUCUACGUAAUGAUAUACGCAAUGACCUGCGCAACGAUAUGCGCAAUGAUUUACGUAACGACCUACGCAGUCGCCUUGAAGAGAGUGCGUUACCACCUGCAGCCAAGCGACCCGCCCAGCACCAUGAGGACGCCCACGACCCACGCGUGCCCCCGCCCACCACGCCCACGCCCCCAGGACUGCCCGGUGCCAAUAUUAAGAUCACAUCCAGGGGUGAUGGAGUAGGUGGGGAUCAGAGCAUGGUAGUCAGCAUGGAAGUUAAUGGCAUUAUGUACCAAGGAGUGCUGUUCGCCCAGGCACCCAGGGCACGUUUCAGUUAAGGUGGCACUCCCCCUGCCUUGCUGGCUGAGGUGAAUUGCAUUAUGAAGUAGGAGCAGUCUAUUCGCCCAGGCACCCGGGAGAGGUAUUAGAUAUGGUGGCACUCUCCCUGCCUCUCUGGGUGCCCUUCUGCCUCCUCUUAUCCUCCCCUCUGCUCGAAGCCAACCCUCGUCCUAUACCAGACAUUCUCUUAUAAAGUUCACCUAAAUCUAACGACUCCCUUCAGAGUAUGUUUUGGUCCCUUCACACCCGGCUCCCCUCGCUCCUUACGUGUGGCCUCCUUUCCUUCACCUACACCUUGUAUGACGAAGAAGACUGGUGGUCAUGAUGACCAUAUGGUCUCCUUCCCUCCACCUAGCACCUGCCUGAGGAAGACUGGUGGCCCUGGCAGCAGUGUGGCUUCCCUCCCUCUACACAGCACCCUGCCUGAGAAAGACUGGUGGCCCUGACAACAGCGGAGCCUUCCUCCAGGGUAGCUCAAAGUCCUUUGAUUAAGAGCCCUUCGCCAGCAUCAAGGUACCCCCACCCUCAUUCCCUUUGAAGAGUUGGACGGAGUAAAGGUUACCAAAUGCUUCUUUGGGAUUACCCAAAGACUUGACGAAACACGAAGCAUAGUUCCCCCCUUCCUCCCCUCCAAAUAUAACCAGUCAAAAAUCUCAAAACUGAAGAUUAAUAUAAAUGGAAAACAUUCUUGUCAUUAAACACUUAUCAGCCCACCCAGAUCGUCCAGUCUCAGACUAAAAACUUAAAAAUUACUAAUACUACUCCAGAACAGAGACAAACUUAAGUGCUGCUCUCUCGACUAAUUCCAGAAAGAUCAGAAAACUAAGACGCUAAGCCAGCCACACAGUGCCUGGAGGAAUGAGAGGCAAUAAGUUUCCAUCCAAAGAAAAGGACAGGUUCAAUUCCUUCCCUCAAGAGCCCCUCACCAGCAUCAAGAAGCCUUCCUUGAGGGGAUGGUGUUAUACUGUCCCGUACUGUUUUAUCAGUGAGAAAAAAAAAAGAACCUUGAUAAGUGUUGUCAUAUUAUGAUCGUGAUCUGUGAGGAGGAGGAGCACGGCAAGACCGUGUGUCUACGAGCACAUGUGAAGGUGCAAUAGUCUAUGGCCAUAUAGCGAACCAUGGCAGCAACGACCAUGUUGGAUUCAGUGGACUGAGUGUCCCCUGGGGUCUAAUUAUUAUUAUUAUCAAAAAGAAGCGCUAAGCCAUAAGGGCUAUACAGCACCCUGGGGUCUAGUAUGAAGGAGGUGGCCAGGUGUAAAGAGUAGUGUAGUGGUCAAGUGUAGAGGGUGUAGCCGGCCAACAUGGCUAUUAAGUUACGGAUGUAGGUAAUCCUACAAGAGAUAACCAUUAAGGGUCCACAGCUUCCCAGCAGCUGGCUCAGCACUCUCUUGAGCUCUGUAGCUCCACCCUUUCCUAACUGUAUUAUUAUUAUUGUAUAGGAAGCUCUCAACUUGUAGGGGUCCUACAGCUUAUUUACAUAUUUAUUUCGGGAUAAACCACUAGUUCCAGGUGACUGAACCACGCAGCGAAAUUCCGCACCGUACAGGAGGAACUGCAGGAAGGACUGGAUGACUGGAUGGAGGGGAUUGGAACAAAUGCAUUGAAUGAAGAAGAUUGGAAGGAGUGAAUGAAGGAGGAUUGAAUGAAGGGGUCUGGAGGAAUGGGUAUUUGGUUAUUUCUGUUGCGAGGGUAUGACCCUGACCCUUAAGAAUCACGUGAUCGCCUGCUUAUGCUUACACGUAGCGGAAUCUACUCACGGCGCUGCCUCUCGACUACUCACUGUCACAAUACUUCUGGCCUCAUGGACCUUAUCACCCACUUUUAAAACAGUGUACGAACAGUUUGCACUAUUUCCUUAUCCAGUUCGUUCUCCCUCCUAGCUACCCUCACACUGAAGAAGCAUUUCCUGCCACUCAUGUAUAUAUGUGACACAUCCUCUCUCCAUUCCUUCAUGCUGAACACACUGGAGUCAAAUAUGCUAUUUAGUUACAUGAAGUUGAAUACAAUAUUUAGUUACAUGAAGUUGAAUACAAUAUUUAGUUACAUGAAGUUAAAUACAAGGAGGGUAUAUGAGCACACCUCUAGGAAGACAAACUUCAGAAGCGAGCUUUAUUAGGUCAUGACUAAAUAAAGCUCUACACAGUGAAAUGAUGUCCCAAUAUUACAUUAAUAGGGAAGCAUUAAACCCGUAGGGCUUAUACAGCGCCUGGAGAAAUGAGAGGAAACACAAUGUAAGGAAACUGAAAAAAAGGAGCAAUGUGGAAUACAAGAUUAUUUACAUGAAAAUAAGAGAAGCCUUCAGUUGAUAUUACUAGUGACAUCAAUGCGUCAAUAAAGAUCACUAUCUUGCUUUAAUAUAAAGUAUUGAAGUCCACCCAAAAACAGUUCCACAUAUUAACUAACGUUACUCUGAAGCUCCCCUUGUUGCUAUGAUAAUUUCCACUCGAGUGCAACUAUUUACAACUUCAUGUCUAAGAUGAAAGGAGACUCAAACCUUACGAAAUACCGAGCCAACUUCCGUGUGUUAUGUACAACAUGGCCACAGUAACCACAUCAGCUCAUUAGUAGUGCAGGUUUUUGAGGCUGGGCCCAGGUGAGAGAAACCUGACCGCCAAGGUACAAAAGAAGUCUUGGAUAAUUCCACCUCGGUACCUUAAACAGUGCUUUGUGAGAAGUCCAGUGAAAUUUCGCCCAUCGCAUGUCCACAACGAUACCAUAAAAAAAAUUACGAACGUUAAGUCAGGUGUAGUAUGGCAGAGAGGAAUUGGUCUUGCAGAUACUUAAGAGACAAAAAAAAACGAGGUUAUUGCAGACACAACGGAGUCGAGAGGUGUUCAUCUUGCAAGAACUUAAGCCGAGAUACUGCAGACACUUUAUGGUGAACAUGAAAACAAAUAUGGAAGAUGUGUCGCAAUAAAUGGUAAAAAGCACUUGAAACGAGAAAUGUAGCAACUCUCUACACACUUGACAACCAUACCGGUGAAUCUUGUUUAUGUUAACUCUUGUGUUGUAUUAACACUUCAAACGCAAUAUACUACAACUGCAGGAAUAAUUCGUUUUAGAGCACAGAAAUAAUGUUUAGUGAGGGUGUGUGUGUGUGUGUGUGUGUGUUUACCUAUUUGUGUUUGCAGGGGUCGAUUCACAGCUCCUGGCCCUGCCUCUUCGCUGAUCACUACUAGGUCCACUCUCUCCCUGCUCCAUGAGAUGUGUGUACUCACCUAGUUGAGGUUGCAGGGGUCGAGUCCUUGCUCCUGUGUGUGUGUACUCACCUAGUUGUACUCACCUAGUUGAGGUUGCGGGGGUCGAGUCCGAGCUCCUGGCCCCGCCUCUUCACUGAUCGCUACUAGGUCACUCUCCCUGAGCCGUGAGCUUUAUCGUACCUCUGCUUAAAGCUAUGUAUGGAUCCUGCCUCCACUACAUCGCUUCCCAAACUAUUCCACUUACUGACUACUCUGUGGCUGAAGAAAUACUUCUAACAUCCCUGUGAUUCAUCUGUGUCUUUAGCUUCCAACUGUGUCCCCUUGUUACUGUGUCCAAUCUCUGGAACAUCCUGUUUUUGUCCACCUUGUCAAUUCCUCUCAGUAUUUUGUAUGUCGU